UCUCUAUUCCACACCCAUAGAGUGAAAGUGAUUGAGACCUUCAGUGAAGCUCCUCCUACAACAAUCCACCAAUAAAUGCUGGAGUCAAACACACAGAGAAAUCACUCCAUGUGUGACAACUGAAAUCUUCAUGACAUAAUGUUGAUGCUGGUGAAAGAGGAGCUUGAGAAGAUGACAGACCCACAACCAUGCAGAAUAAAGAAUGAAGAUACUGAGGAACAAAUAGAGGAGCUUGAGAAGAUGACAGAUCCACAACCAUGCAGAAUAAAGGAUGAAGAUACUGAGGAACAAAUAGAUACGAUGGUAAUAAAUAUAAAUAAUUUACUUCAACUAAAAAAAGCUGAUGAAACGCAUCAGCAUAUUAAAAAAAUACAGAAAGGAGACAAAAAGUGUGAAAAGAGUUUCAGUGAAGAUGAACGCCCUGCAGAUCACAAGAGGACUCACAGUGAGGAGAAACCUUUAACAUGUCAACAGUGUGGAAAGAGUUUCACCUCUCAAUGGAGUCUUAACCGGCACAGGAAAGUUCACAGUGGGGAAAAGCCAUACGCAUGCCAGCAUUGCGACAAGAGUUUUCCAGAUAAAAGUCAACUUAAGAUACACAUGAUGACUCACACUGAAGAGAAACCUUUUACGUGUAAUCUGUGUGGAAACAGUUUCAGAAGAAAACCUAACCUUAACGCACACAUGAGGAUUCAUACUGGAGAGAAACCUUACGCAUGCUAUGAGUGUGGAAAGAGUUUUACAUUUGCAGGUGACCUUAACAAACAUUCGAGAACUCACACUGGAGAGAAAGCAUUCACGUGUCAAUGCUGUAGAAAGAGUUUCACAUUUAAAACAGUCCUUAUCCGGCACAUGAAAACUCACAGUGGGGAAAAGCCAUAUGCAUGCCAUUAUUGUGACAAGAGUUUCCUAGAUAAAGGUAACCUUAAGGUACACAUAAGAAUUCACACUGGAGAGAAACCAUACAUGUGCCAUGAGUGUGAAAAGAGUUUUAAAACUGCAGGUGAACUUAAGAUACACAUGAGGUCUCACACUGGAGAGAAAGCAUUCACGUGCCAACAGUGUGGAAAGAGUUUCACUUUACAAGCGAAUCUUAUCCGUCACAUUAAACUUCACAGUGGGGAAAAGCCACACGCAUGCCAUUAUUGUGACAAGAGUUUCCCAGAUUCAACUCAACUUAAGACACACCUGAGGUCUCACACUGGAGAAAAACCUUACAUGUGUCAUCUGUGUGGAACGAGUUUUGCAACUGGAAGUAACCUUAAAAAUCAUUCAAGAAUGCACACUGGAGAUAAACCAUUCAAGUGCCAUCAGUGUGAAAAGAGUUUCACCUACCAAACAGGCCUUAUCCGGCACAUGAUAACUCACACUGGGGAAAAGCCACACGCGUGCCAUCACUGUGACAAGAGUUUCCCAGAUACAAGUCAACUUAAGGUACACAUGAGGUCUCACACCGGAGAGAAACCACAUGUGUGCCAACACUGUGGAAAGAGUUUUGCAACUGCAAGUUACCUUAACAGACAUAUGAAAAUUCACACCGGAGAGAAACCUUACACUUGUCAUCAAUGUGGAAAGAGUUUCACCUGUCCAUCGAACCUUAACCGCCACAUGAAAACUCACACUGGGGAAAAGCCACACACGUGCCAUCACUGUGACAAGAGUUUCCCAGAUACAAGUCAACUUAAGGUACACAUGAUGUCUCACACUGGAGAAAAACUUGAAAGAGUUUAGGAGAUCAAAGUAGCCUUUACACACAAGAAGUCACGAUGGAGUGAACCCUAACAUGUCUUUAGUGUGAAAUUGUUUUGCAAACGAGGGCGCUCUUAAGACACAUGACAGUUUACAGUGGAGACAAACCGUUCACAUGUCAUCACUGUGGAAAGAGUUUUACAAGAAAAGAUCAUCUUGAUGCACGCAUGAGGAUACACACUGGAGAGAAACCAUUCACGUGCCAACAGUGUGGAAAGAGUUUUUCAUGGGAAAGAAGUCUGAGAAAUCACCAGAGCUUUCACUCUUGAGAAAAGACAUUUGACUGAAUAAUGCAGUUAUGACUUUGAGUUGUAAUGUCAGAUGUGUUGUGGAAAGAGUUUGUCAAACAGCAUAUGUUUUAAAUGUUCAUAAACAUAAAUGAUAGCGUGAAAGCUCAUGUGUGCUUUAAGUGUGGUAAAACAUUUUGUUACUCUACUUCUGUUUCAUGUUUUGUUGACUACAGACCCUCUUGAAAACAAAUGCUUUAUUUUUCAUGCUUUUUAUUUUUAUUUCAUGACUUUAAUUUAAUUCAAAAAUCAAUUCUUUCUUUCACUCUUUCAGGAAGCAAGCCAUAAACAGCAACAGUAGUCAAGGCCUGUAAACAAAUUGCUAUUAGCGUGAGGCUUCUCACAUGAAAUGUUAAAGAGAUACAGUCAUACAGUAUAAUGGAUGUGUGUGUUUGCCUGGUCCUGGUCUAUACUAACAUGUGUCAUGAAUUGCGACCCACGGUAGUGUGCAUGUCACAUAUGAACAAUAAAUACAGUUUCACCUAA